GACUGUCACAAUAGCAAUAACAGCUCCACUUGCUUCUGCUUCGCAAUCGCCCUCUCAUACUUAUCUCCAGAAUUCGAUUCGCAAACUUCCACGAAGGCCUCCCGUAGGCCAAUCCGUCUCUGUCUACAAUCAAAAUGUCGCUUGUCAAUCUUGCCCACGUCUGCUCCCAUCUGAACAAUGUGAGCAAGGCCCGUCUCGGCUUCACGUCCAUCCCUCACAGCAAUCUACACUUUAAACUCUGCCUCGCGUUCCAGAACUCCGGUCUAAUUUCCAAUGUCGUGCUCGGAGGACCAACGCCUCCCCGUCCUCACAAAAUCACCGGUCUACCCUCCAUCAAUGACGAAAGCGUGGAGCCAGUAACGCAGAGCAACAUUGCGUCUAGACGACUCUGGCUUGGAUUGAAAUACUGGCAAAGCGAACCGGUUCUCGGAAAGAUAUCCCUGAUCAGCAAACCAAAAAGAAGGGUGUACCUUGAUGUUCCCUCACUUCAAGAGAUUGUUCGGGGUCGCAGGGCUCGCAAUGUGGAUGGAUUGCGCUCCCCGGGCGAGAGUCUGUACUUGUCUACGGAUCAAGGGAUUAUGGAGGCCAGAGACUGUGUCGAGAAGAAAGUUGGAGGGUUGGCUCUAUGCAGAGUACAAUAAACCCGAGAGGAAGAGCCUAGGGUGCGUUUUUCAUUGCAUAUUCUUUUUUUAUUCGGAGUUUGGUCAGUCGCAGCGCCUUGUGCUUUGCGACGUUUGGGAUAUAUCAUAUAUGACGUCGCCUGUACUAUAACAUGGGUUAUUUUUCUACACAAUUUUAUGCCAGGUCUUUUGCUGUACGUCCAAAGGGGGCUUUCUUCCGGUGUUGUGAU